CAACCUAUACAUACACCCCGAUCUAUAUACACAUAUACAAACAUCUCCCCUGUUUUCAAAUCUCUCUCAAAACUUCAACAAAAAAAAUGGCAUCAAACGGAUCAUCAACCAAACCCCACCACCCACUAAUCGUCAGUUUCGGCGAGAUGUUAAUCGACUUCGUCCCGACCGUCUCCGGCGUGUCGUUGGCGGAAGCACCGGGGUUCUUGAAAGCACCAGGCGGAGCUCCGGCGAACGUGGCAAUAGCGGUUCAAAGACUAGGUGGGCGAUCAGCGUUUGUGGGGAAACUAGGUGACGAUGAGUUUGGUCAUAUGUUGGCCGGAAUAUUGAAAGAAAAUGGAGUUAACGGUGACGGAAUAUGCUUUGAUGAAGGAGCUAGGACGGCGUUAGCUUUUGUGACGUUGAAAGCUGACGGAGAACGUGAGUUUAUGUUUUAUCGGAAUCCGAGUGCUGAUAUGUUGUUGACUCCUGAUGAAUUGAAUCUUGAUCUUAUUAGAUCUGCCAAAGUUUUCCAUUAUGGUUCAAUAAGCUUGAUUGUGGAGCCUUGUAGAUCAGCACAUCUUAAGGCAAUGGAGGUAGCAAAGGAAGCCGGGGCACUUCUCUCAUACGACCCCAAUCUCCGUCUGCCAUUGUGGCCGUCACCAGAAGAGGCCCGCAAGCAGAUCUUGAGUAUUUGGGACAAGGCUGAAGUGAUCAAGGUGAGCGAUAACGAGCUUGAAUUCCUCACAGGAAGUCACAAGAUUGAUGAUGAAGCUGCAAUGUCUCUAUGGCAUCCUAACUUGAAGCUUCUUUUGGUAACUCUUGGUGACAAAGGUUGCAAUUACUACACCAAGCAUUUCCAUGGGACGGUCGGUGCAUUCCCAGUGAAAGCAGUUGACACAACUGGUGCGGGUGACUCUUUCGUUGGUGCCCUCCUAACAAAGCUAGUUGAUGACCAAUCUGUGCUAGAGGAUGAAGCAAAGUUGAAAGAGAUAUUGAGAUAUUCUUGUGCUUGUGGAGCUAUCACCACCACCAAAAAGGGUGCAAUUCCGGCCCUUCCAUCAGUGGCGGAGGUUCAUACCUUCCUCGAUGCGCAACAUUAGUAGCAAAUAUGUCCAUCGUUGUGUCUUUCGUUUUUCUUUUUUUUCCAUCAAAUAAAAAUUUCUUUGAAAUUGUUUUGUAUUAGCUUGCAAGCAACGGUUAAAGCAACAUAAGUGGUUUGCAUUAGGACAAAGAGUUUGAGUCAUUUCAAUUAGCGAAAGCCCGUGAUUUAGUGAUUCAACGCUAGUGGGCUUUGUUUGUGUAGUUUUAGAUGGUUUGUUUUUAAUCCUCUAAAUUUUUACUUGAUUUCUUUUGGUCAUGUAUUGUGUUUUUAACGGAUUUACCAAUUAGUUAAAAAAUUGAAAGAGAAAUAUUUAAAGUGUUUAUGUAA